AUGGGACACUCAGCUGGUGGAGCAUUAGUACAAUUUCUUGGAUUUUCUGAAUUGAUCGAUCCAAAUGCUAGACUAUUCCAACAAAUGAUCGCUUUGAGUGCUCAUGGAGCAUUUGUGUUUUAUGAAGGUGCUAUUGGUCAGUCCUUUGAGUUGGCUGAAAAACUUGGGUGUUUUCAAGGAAAUCGAAAUGACACUCAAGUAUCGAAAAUUGUGGAUUGCUUGAGAAAACUUGAUAGCUCUGAAAUUCUAAAAAUUCAAACUCAAACGGCCCAAGCGGAUUUUCAUUCGUUCCUGGGUAUUGUGCCAGGUCCUCCUGUUAUGAAAUCAAACCAGACGAUCUCAAAUUUUAAGAAGAAUGCACCGAAAAGAAAUAUGAUUUGUGGAAGCACUGAGCUAGAAUUUGCUGUUGACAAAUUUAAGUAUCCUGUUCCCGGAAGAUUUUUGGAUAUUGACAAUUUCAAAGAAGAUUUAGAUUACUACUAUAAAAAUAUGGAAUUACAUGACCCAACAUGGACGGAUCCAAACUCUGCGUCAGUAUACAUUUCUUCUAGAACAUAUUGUGAAGCUAUGGCAAAUGCCGGAGCCAACGCUUUCAUUUUCGAAACUCGACAAAAACCAAUAUCCAUGCAUGUCACAGAUAUGCAGUAUUUUAUUGGGAUCCAUAGAGAGAAGGUUCAUACACCAGACAUGGAUAUUUUGGAUAGUUUUUACUCAAAAAUGAUGGUUAAUUUUACAAAAACCGGUGUACCGGCGCCAGCAUGGGAAAAACUAGACCCAAAACGAAUGAACUAUCUGGAGCUGAAAGUGGAUUCAGAACUGGGAGAAGGUCCAAGGAUGCUGGAAAAUUAUCAUGACAAUGAAAUGGAAAUUUGGUUUGGAGAAGUUAUGGAAUAUGAUAGGAAUGUUACGAAGCAGAAACUAAUGGUCCUCUCUUCAUCUACAAGAAGCUUAUUAGAGAGUCAAUUAAUUUUCGGCCAGUGGUGGUUCUACUCAAUUAUUUUGCUAACUUUGAUAAUUAUCAUUUUGGUGCUAAUUAGUUUCGGAAAGCGAUUUCAGACUGGAGAGAGAACUCCGUUGUUGAGUUGA